ACAUUCAACAAAAAUGGCUAUCAAAUCAAAUUAGGGUUUCCGCUCGUCGAGACAUUUGAACUAUCGACCGGCACAAAAUAACCAACAAUUAUUUGUUUUACAAAUUAGUAUUUUACUGCCGUUAAUCGCUCAGUGUGAUAAUCCAUGGACGAGCAGCAUAAUGCAAGUGAAAUGAACCUCAUGGUUAAUGGAGAAGAUAACGGCGUUGGAAGAACUCCUGAACGCACCAACUUCGAAAAUUCUUAUCCUCACACUGGAAAUGGAGCUAGUCCUGGAAAAAUAUUUAUUGGGGGUCUUGCUCGUGAAACAACUUCUGCACAAUUUGUCAAAUAUUUCGGUAAAUAUGGAGAAAUUACGGAUUCUGUGAUAAUGAAGGACAGGAUGACAGGGCAUCCUCGCGGGUUCGGGUUUGUCACCUAUGCAGACCCAUCUGUGGUUGAUAGAGUCAUUGAGGAAACUCAUAUUAUUAAUGGAAAGCAAGUAGAAAUCAAGAGGACCAUACCAAGAGGAGCAAACAUCAAAGAUUUCAGAACAAAGAAGAUUUUUGUGGGUGGUAUUCCGACAACAGUCGGUGAAGGUAAUUUCGAGCAUUGACCUGACAUGAUUAAAUGCUGUCAUAUUA